AUGGCGGUGCAGGGAAUCGGGCUGAACGAGCUCAAAGCUAUCUGCGGGCCGCUCUGCCCCACCUGGGUCAAGUUCACCGAAUACGAUGAUGUGCGGUUCAAUGCGAUGACGCUUGAACCUGCGCUGUUUGACUCCUCCCCUCACUUGCUUAUCUGUGCCGUUCCUUCUCCUUUGUCCCUCGUCGCAUGUCCCUGCUCCAUCCCCGGCCCCUAUUCACCAUCGUCGUUCCGCGCACAGGCGGAUUGGGUCACGCGGAUGCUGUCGGAGCUGUGGCCGCACAUCAACAAGGCGACGAGUCAGGUGGUGCGCGAGACCAUGGAGCCCAUACUGGAGGCCAACCGCCCGUCCAUCGUGUCGUCCAUGACCUUCCACAAGUUCGAGCUGGGCAAGGACCGCGAGAAGGCGCCGCACAUCGAAGGCAUCAAGCUACACAAGACGGGCGCGGAGGAGGACCAGGUGAUCAUGGAUCUUCUCAUCUACUGGCAGAGCGACGCCUCCAUCAUUCUCAACAUCAAGACCGCUGCUGUCACGCUGCAAGUGCAGGUGAAGAAUCUGGUGUUCCAGGCCACGCUGCGCCUCAUCUUCCAGCUGGGCGAGCAGAUGCCCUGCAUCGACGCUGUCGUCGCCUCGCUGCUGCGCAAGCUUCUCAAUGUGCCCCUAACAACCUCCCUUCACCUCUCCUUCCUUCUUCUCCGUACUGCCCCGCGCCCCAAGGUGGAUUUUGUGCUCAAGGCGGUGGGGGGAUCGCUGGCCGCCAUUCCAGGGCUGGAGAAGCAGAUUGACAACACGGUGGCAUCGGUGCUGGAGUCGGUCAUAUUGUGGCCUGAGCGCAUUGUUGUCAAGCUCAACCCGGCCUUUGAUGAGAAGCUGCUGGAGAUGAAGCUGCUGGAGAUGAAGUACGAGGGAGAGCUGGUGGUGACGGUGGUGCGGGCGGAGGGAGUGAAGAACGUGGACACACUGGGCAAGUCGGACCCGUACACCACCAUCUGGCUCAACCCGAAGCACAUGGCCAAGACGGGCGUGUGCAAGAACAACCUCAACCCCCAAUGGAACGAGACGUUCCUGCUGCCCGUGGAUGACCCGCACACCGCGGAGCUGACCAUCAAGGUGGAGGACGAUGAUGUGAUGCAGGACUCGGACCUGGGGUGGGCGCUGUUCCCCCUGGCGGAUCUGAUGGACAAGAGCGAGCCAUACCAGGUCACCCUUGACCUGCUGCCCCGCCUGCACGACGACAAGCUGCUGGGCAAGGAUCACAAGCUCGGCCGCAUCACUCUGCUGCUGGCAUAUCGUGAUUACUCAGACGAGGAGAGGGACAGCGUGACCGCGGCAGAGAAGGCACGUGAGCCGCGCAUAAAGGACCACAGCGUGCCGGCCGACCAGGCCACCGCCGCCAUGGCUGCCGCUGCUGCCGACUCCGAGCGCCGCGUGCGCGAGGCGGCUGAGCGCGCCCUCAUGACCCCCAAAACCCCGCGAGCAUCCAUGGCCCGGCGCUCGUCUCAAGUGGGGCAGAAGUCUAUUAAGGUGGUGGAGCAGUCCCAGACGAGCAGCUCUGAUGCAACAGAUGAUGCUCUGCCUGUCUCCGUUGCUCCUGGCGCCCCUGCUGCUGCCGCCGAUGCCACUCCCGCUGCUGCUGCUGCUGCCGUUCCGGAUGCUGGUGCUGAUGCUGCAGCAGCAGCAGAAGCAGCAGCACCAGCACCAGCACCGCGUGCUAUGCCCAGCCUGGCGCGGUCCAUGGGUGACUUGAAGCACCGCGAUAGGGAGGGCGCUCUGCAGGUGUCCUUAGACCAAGAGGCAGCAGACUCAGCCGCAGCAGCCGCUGCCACAGCAGCAGCAGAGGCGGAAGGGGAUGCUCCGCUCUCCCCUGCGCUGUCACCUGGCGCUGAUGGGAAGCCCAAGAGGAGGAGUGGGGCGAUGGGGUUCAUGAGCAAGGUGGGGCAAAUAGGCAGGAAUGUGAAGUCGGGCAUUGAGGGAAGCCUGUCGCCCAAGGAGCACCACUGA